UGGCUUGUUUGAAAGCAAAUACAUCGUCUUGAGCGGGCCAAACACAAAAUUAGAGCCUUUACUCUGUGUAUCACCUUAUGCAUGAUGCUUGGAGCAGCUCUGCCCCUUCUCUCUUUCUAUCUGUUGCAGAGGCCGUCGCUCAGACAUGUCUCACAGGAAGUUCCAUGCCCCUCGGCAUGGACACAUGGGGUUUCUGCCCCACAAGCGAAGCAAGAGGCACAGGGGGAAGGUUCAUUCUUGGCCCAAAGACGAUCCUAGUCAUCCCGUCCACCUCACAGCCUUCCUGGGAUAUAAGGCCGGCAUGACCCACACACUGAGAGAGGUUCAUCGUCCAGGUCUCAAGAUUUCAAAGCGAGAAGAGGUUGAGGCAGUCACCAUCAUCGAGACUCCCCCUGUCAUUGUGGUAGGGGUGGUGGGAUACAUCAAAACUGUCCGAGGGCUCCGGUGCUUGAAAACAAUCUUCGCUGAGCACCUAAGUGAUGAGUGCAGACGCAGAUUCUACAAAAACUGGCACAAGAGCAAGAAAAAGGCUUUCACCAAAAACAGUAAAAAGUGGCAGGAUGAGAGCGGAAAGAAACAGCUGGACAAGGACUUUGGUGCGAUGAAGAAGUACUGCUCGGUCAUCCGGGUGAUUGUUCACUCUCAGAUGCGCUUGUUGCCCAUGAAACAGAAAAAGGCUCACAUCAUGGAGGUGCAGCUGAAUGGAGGCAGCGUCUCAGACAAAGUCGACUGGGCCAAGGAGCAUCUGGAGAAGGCAGUCCCCGUAUCAACUGUGUUCUACCAGGAUGAAAUGAUUGAUAUCAUUGGUGUCUCCAAGGGGCAUGGAUUCAAAGGUGUGAUUAGCCGCUGGCACACAAAGAAACUACCCAGGAAGACUCACAAAGGUUUGAGGAAGGUGGCUUGUAUUGGAGCUUGGCAUCCGUCUCGUGUGGGGUUCACGGUAGCUCGCGCGGGGCAGAAAGGCUAUCACCACCGCACGGAGAUCAACAAGAAGAUUUACCGUAUUGGUCAAGGAGUUCACAUCCAGGAUGGGAGGCUGAUCCGGAACAACGCCUCAACUAACUAUGACACAAGCCAGAAAACUAUCACUCCUAUGGGAGGCUUCCCUCGCUAUGGUGAGGUGAAUAAUGAUUUCAUUAUGGUGAAAGGUUGCGUCGUUGGAGCCAAGAAGCGUGUUCUUACAAUCAGAAAGUCCCUGCUCACGCACAGAUCCCGCAAGGCCGGCGAGGCCAUUGAGCUCAAGUUUAUCGACACCACUUCCAAAUUUGGUCACGGGCGCUUCCAAACCGCCCAGGAGAAACGAGCUUUUAUGGGGCCGCUAAAGAAAGACGUCCUGAAGACGAUGCCAGAACCUCAACCAGAGGAAGCCUGAAAAAUACUUGAUUUGUGGGGUUUCUCGCAUAAUAAUAAAACCAGGUUCAAAAUUCUA